AGGGAAGCGUACUCGGGCCCAUAUUAUUUCUAGCGUUUAUCAACGAUCUGCCACUUCAGGUUUCAUCCAGCACGAGACUGUUCGCCGAUGACUGUGUGGUUUACAGACAGAUAGACAACCAAUCAGACUGCAACCAACUACAAACUGAUCUACACAACCUAGCUAAAUGGGAAGAAAAGUGGGGGAUGUCCUUCCAUCCGGAAAAGUGCAGCAUCUUGCGGGUUCACAGGAAGAGAUCUCCAACUGUACACGAUUACAAACUUAAGGGCCAUACAUUAGAAACAGAAGACUGUACAAAAUACCUUGGUUUGAACAUCUGUACCAACCUCUCCUGGGACACUCACAUCAGUAAGAUCGCUAAGAAGGGCAACUCAACCUUGGGAUUUCUUCGACGCAAUCUACGUAUCUCAAGUGAAGAAACGAAAGCCCGCGCCUACAACGCUCUAGUGCGCCCACAACUUGAGUAUUGCUCAACAGUCUGGAACCCCUACACCAAAACACACAUUAGGAGGCUUGAAAUGGUUCAGAGAAGAGCUGCAAGGUAUGUGACAAAACGCUAUCACAACACCAGUAGUGUAACAUCCAUGCUGGAAGAUCUUGGAUGGGAGACCUUAGAAUCGCGUAGGACCAAGGCACAACUGACCAUGAUGUAUAAGAUCGUGAACAACCUGGUCGACAUACAAGCUGAUUCCUACCUCACUCCCUCCAACCGCUCCACAAGAACCUCUAACAACAGGAACUUUACACAGAUAUCAACUUCUACCUCUUACUACAAGUUCUCCUUCUUUCCACGGACCAUCACAGAGUGGAACAAGCUACCAUCAAGCAUUGUUGAAGCCCCAGACUUGGUAUCCUUCAAGCAGGGGCUGUCCACCGUCUUCUCUUAAGGGUUAGGGGUCAGUUACAAGUAGCUUUCGAGGAUUCUUAAGGCUGUGCCGGCAGUGGCCACCAUAACCGGAUUGGCUUAGGUUAAGGAGGUGAAAACGUAACUGACAAUAAGUACUUUAGACUUUUUCUUCUUUUAUCUAUCCGCUUACUCUAAUCUUUCCUAUCAUUUCAUUCUUUUUUCUUGACCCUAUACCACCCGUCACAUAAAAGUCAAGCGUGACUGAGAUGACGUAACAUAUAGAUGUAGACCAUUUCAAAAGAAAAUUUGAUGAAAACCUAGCAAUAAAUUUAUAUUGGCCUAAACAGGGUUUAUUUUUGAAUAUUUGACUGCUGGGGUUGUCCCUGUAGUUUUCGCUGUGUUCAUGGUAAUCAGAAUUGUAUAAACUAUUUUUCGAAUGUAAAUGUACAUACUAUGAUAUAUGUUAUAUAUCUUCUCAUUAUUUAACCUACGCAACUAUUUUCAAUUUUGUACAUAGCUAGUCGAUUUAGUGCCAUUGACUAGGUAGACAUACCUAGUAAAAGAAUUAAUGGAAAAGUACGAAAAAACUGCGAAAAAUAAAUUAAUUGUAAACUAUAUGGUACUUCAGUCAGUAAGUUUCAAUGCAUUGUACACAUCGAUACCAAGUUUAUGUCAGUUUUCGACAAUUUACUUCAAACGGAAUACAGUCCCUUUAAAUGAAAUUUAGUUGUAUGAUAUCUCAUUGCUCUACCUUUAAGGUAUUUACUGAUGGAAAACAACAACUCUUGUAUAAAUAUUGUUUCUUGUUUUAAUUUUCCAUUAAGUCAAUAUAUAUAUAUAUA